CACCCCUACAUCCUCAUCUUCCCAACAUGUCGCUCUCCGUCCCCGACCAGUCGCAGCAGUUCGCUCACAUCUUGCGUCUCCUCAACACCAAUGUUGACGGUAAGCGCAAGAUCAUGUACGCCCUCACCGAGAUCAAGGGUGUGGGACGACGAUUGUCAAACGUCAUCUGCAAGAAGGCCGAUGUGGACUUGGCCAAGCGAGCCGGUGAGCUCAACCCCGAUGAGCUGGAGAGGAUCGUGACCAUCCUGCAGAACCCUCAGGAGUUCAAGAUCCCAGACUGGAUGCUCAACAGGCAGAGGGACAUCGUCGACGGCAAGACCUUCCAGGUCCUGUCCAACAACCUGGACUCGAAGCUGCGUGACGACCUGGAGCGCCUGAAGAAGAUCCGCUCGCACAGGGGUAUCCGUCACUACCUCGACCUCAGGGUCCGUGGUCAACACACCAAGACCACUGGACGAAGGGGAAAGACUGUCGGUCUCGGCAAGAAGAAGUAGAGAGGGUGCCCUCGAGUGCUCCUUUCGCGAGGAUCGAGCAGAGGCAUUUCGUUGUCAGAAAUACGUUGGGACAGCAAAGUGGAUGGGAAGAUUUGCGGGAGGAGGAAAUCAUUGUGUCACAAACACAAAGCGCCUCUUCCAUUGGUCACUAUGGCCCCAUGCAUCCCCCCACUCCAUCCCCAUGCUCUGUUGCACGACCUCGUCAUAUCUCACCUCGCCUCCUCUGCCGCUUCCUUUUCUUCUCAUUGUUUCGGCAUCUUGUAUUUCCACCCUUUCAC